AUGAAGCUUGAAAUCGGAGAUGUUGACGAAGUAAUGGAGCAGAUCACCCGAUUAGCUCCCCCAUCACAGAAGGAAGACCACAAGUUUCUCAAUUUAUUGAGAAAGGCCAUAGAGAAGAAUACUGUUGUAGUUCCUGGGCCGAGUCUUGAGAAGCUCGCAGAGAAGACCGAGCAAAGAGACUUCAAGAUGCUGUCUCUUGCACUGCUAAGAAGGGAUUUGCCUGUGAAAGCACGCAAGGAGUUUGACGAACAUAUUAAGGGUGUGAAGGAAAGGAUAGAAGGACUAAAGGUAGAUGAGUCUUUAAAGGAAGAAGAUAUUGUGCACGGGAAGCGAGUUGAGAAAUACAACAAUAUGAUGGAUGAAAUCGCUCAGAUCGAGGAGUCUGUGCCAAGCAUCCAAGAUAAAAUAAAAAAGGCACAUGGCCUAGUUGAGGAGGUAUUUAGUAAGUCUUCAGGAAGACGCCUGAGGCCACUUGAGUAUGCGGAGAACUUUUUCAAGCUUAUAUAA